UAUCAUUACUACCCUCCCUGAAUAAACAAAAGGUAGAUUCUCUUUUCCAUGUUUCUUCCACUUCUUCUUCUUCUUCUAAUCUGAUCAGAAAAAGGAAAAAAAAAUGCAUAGAUCAGCAAGUUUGUCUAGAACAUCAGAGGAAUUUUUCAUUCACGCAGCAUCACCAUCAUCAAAGAAUUCACUAGACACUAGUGAAUUACCUGUUUAUGAUCCUAAUUCUGAUGUUGGGAAGAAAGAAAAAUUGAGAAUUAAAUUUGCAGAGAAUGCUGUUCAUAUUAUUCCUGUAGUUCUUGUGCUUUGUGCUGUUAUCCUUUGGUGUUUCUCCAGUACAGAGGUGGAAAUGGUGAGUAAAGAUAGGUCGAUUGUUUCCAGGAUUGACAAUCGACGGCGACAUUGACGUUCAGAUAAAGGUACCGGUUUAUUAUCAUCAUUAGACCAAGAGGAUCCUGAUCCACGACCAAAAAGGGUUUCAAAACGUAAAGCUGGAAAGGGAAAAUCCGGAUGAAUGUCAGGCGGUUUAAGUACUACAUUUCCAAGUCUCAGUAUGAAUUCCAUGUUUUUGAGAAAACAUACACAAAUUCUUUAUUUUGUUUCUCUUUUUAUUCCUAAACACCCAUUUCUUCUCCCUGAGCAAAUCUUUUUGAUGGGAUUAUUAAAUUUUCCUUGACGAGCAGCUCAAA